AUGGUGCUGUUGGCAAGGCAAGUUCUCCUUCACAUCGAGGCUCUGGCGUUGAGGGAUUUAUGGGUGGUCCAGACGUGUCUUCUCAUCUCUUAUACCACAAAUGCCUUUCCAGGAGAAUACGUGCCAACAGUAUUCGACAACUACUCUGCAAAUGUGAUGGUCGACGGGAAAACUAUCUCUCUCGGUCUAUGGGAUACCGCUGGACAAGAAGAUUACGAUCGUCUCCGUCCACUCUCCUACCCUCAAACAGAUGUCUUUUUGAUCUGUUUCUCGCUCGUCAGUCCACCUAGCUACGAGAACGUUAGAACCAAGUGGUGGCCUGAGAUUUCACAUCAUGCGCCAUCUACUUCGGUGGUCUUGGUUGGCACUAAACUGGAUUUGCGUGAAGAUCCUGCUACCAUCGAGAAACUCCGUGACCGGCGUAUGCAGCCUAUCCAGUACACGCAAGGGGUCUCGAUGGCGAGGGAUAUUGGCGCCGUCAAGUAUCUUGAAUGUUCUGCGCUAUCGCAAAAGGGCCUAAAGACCGUGUUUGAUGAGGUUAUCCGUGCUGUUUUGAACCCUCCCCCGAAGGAAAAGAAGCGCAGUGGUCGUGGUUGUGUUAUCGUAUGA